AUGAUCGCUGUGGUGCUGCUGCUGGCGCUGGCCGCCCAGUCCUCUGCUAAGCCUCUGUCAUCUGAAGACAUUGACAAGCAGCUUUUAGCUGAGAAAUACCUUCAUCGAUUCUAUGGCCUUCCAAGUGGUCUCCAAGGUAGACGGACGUCGUCAAAUUUCCUUCAAGCCAAGAUCAAGGAAAUGCAGAAAUUCUUCAAACUGGAGGUCACAGGGAAUCUAGAUGACAAUACUUUAGCAGUGAUGAAGGAGCCCAGAUGUGGCGUUCCAGACAUUGGGGAGUACAACCACUUCCCUCGACACCUCAAAUGGGAAAAUAACAACGUCACAUUCAGGAUAGUGAACUACACACCAGAUCUGAAGAAAGCAGAUGUAGACAAAGCCAUCCGCAGGGCUCUCAACGUUUGGGCUGACGUUACUCCUCUGACUUUUAAGAAGCUUUACGAGGGCAAUGCAGACAUUAUGAUCAGCUUUGGAUCAAAAGAGCAUGGAGAUUACAACCCAUUUGAUGGACCUGAUGGACUGCUGGCUCAUGCCUACCCUCCUGGCCAAGGCAUUGGAGGAGACACUCACUUUGAUGAGGAUGAACACUGGACCAAAGAUUCAUCGGCUUACAACCUGUAUAUAGUGGCAGCCCAUGAGUUGGGUCAUGCCCUGGGGAUGUCCCAUUCCACAGACCCAGGCGCACUGAUGUACCCCAUCUACACCUAUACUACAGGCUACCCGCUGGCUGAAGAUGACAUUGAAGGAAUUCAAGCCCUCUAUGGUCCAAACCCAAAUCCGAAGAAAGUGAAACCAAGGCCCGACGCCCCAAAAAAGUGUGACCCCGAGCUAACUUUUGAUGCUGUCACAGAGCUCAGAGGAGAAACCAUCAUCUUCAAAGACAGAUACUACUGGCGUAUUCAUCCUCAGAUGGUGGAGCCUGAAUUGACUCUGAUUAAGUCCACUUGGCCAUCUAUUCCCAAAAAAGUAGAUGCAGCUUAUGAGAACCCAGAGAAGGAUUUGGUUAUGAUAUUUAGUGGGAUCCAAAUGUGGGCUUUGAAUGGAUACAACCUUGUGGAUGGUUACCCAAAAUACAUUCAUAAACUUGGUCUUCCCAAGAGCAUCAGGAAAAUAGAUGCAGCCGUGCACAUCAAAGACACUGGAAAAACUCUGCUGUUCACCGAUGAAGACUACUGGAGCUAUGAUGAAGCAACAGGAACCAUGGACAGUGGCUACCCACGAUCCAUUGAGGAGGACUUUCCUGGAAUGGAGGAUGAGGUCGACGCUGCUACUUAUCACUAUGGAUACUUGUACUUCUUCCAUGAACACAUGCAGUUUGAGUACAGUUACAACUCAAAGAAGGUUAUUCGCAUCCAAAGGGCCAACUCCAUUCUCAACUGCUGAUAAGAAGGACCACAGAAUCCAGCGACGACUUAUAUUGAUUUCAAUUA